AUUCCCAUUUGCUAGUGCGCUGCUGCGGCCACACGCCUGAUUGAUAUAUGCCUGCAAUGGCACUUUUCCAUUUGACACUCUCCCUCUCUCUCUCCCUCUCCCUCUCUCUCUCCCUCUCUCUCCCUCUCUCUCCCUCUCUCUCUCCCUGGGUCGCUUAAACAACAGUCCUAACUUUUGUGUGUUGCAAAUAUAAAAGGCAAGCCAUGUGACAGAGGGACAGAAGAACAAAAGCAUUUGGAAGUAACAGGACCUCUUUCUAGCUCUCAGAAAAGUCUGAGAAGAAAGGAGCCCUGCGAUUCCCCCAAGACAGAAAGAAGGACAAACAGGACUUUCAGUUUGGCCAGCACAGGCUUGAUGCCUUGUCAAACCCACAGCCCAAGUGGGAGAGCUGAGAAAUCCCUCCUGAGUUGCCUGCACUGAAAAUGUGAGGGAACUGAGCUGUUCAGCAGAUACUGUGGUGAUCCGUUGCUUGUGAAAGGAUUGAGGCAAAACUCCAGCAUACAAAGGACAAUGACAACCAGAAAACGACAGCCCCAUUCGGCCCUGGCCUUGAAAGGAACUGGAUCCUAGGAGGUGCCAGCAUUUCCAAUCUAUUGUCCUCUGUCUCCCUCUGCUGUUCUUCUGGAGAAGUUUCCCCUCACGACAAUGAGAAAUCAUGUACUAGCUGCCUCCAUUUCUAUGCUCUCCCUGCUGGCCAUAAUGGGAGAUACAGACAGCAAAACAGACAGCUCGUUCCUGAUGGACUCUCAACGCUGCAUGAGGCACCAUUAUGUUGAUUCUAUCAGUCACCCAUUGUACAAGUGUAGCUCAAAGAUGGUGCUCCUGGCCAGAUGUGAGGGGCACUGCAGCCAGGCAUCGCGCUCUGAGCCAUUGGUGUCCUUCAGCACUGUCCUCAAGCAACCUUUCCGUUCCUCCUGUCAUUGCUGUCGACCUCAGACCUCCAAGCUGAAGGCUUUGCGUCUGCGCUGCUCAGGGGGCAUGCGACUCACUGCUACUUACCGGUACAUCCUCUCCUGUCACUGCGAGGAAUGCAGCUCUUGAGGCUUGCUGCUGAGUGGCUUUCUGGCUGGCACAACCACGGGAGCAAUUCAACCAUCCAGAGAAGUACUGGCAAGAAAAGAGUUAAGGCAGAUAAAGAUGGAGCGAGUCCCACAGGAUUGUGCAUAUUCUAGUCCUAAAGACUCAAUGUGCUUUCAAGAGAGAGCGACUCUGGGAACUCGGUUUCCAUUCCGGUCUCCUAUUGCUGAAAGAAUUUCUUUUGGUUACUUUUCAGAUUAAGACAUUUCCCCUGUUGGCUCCGAAUGUGGUUCGGGUUUCUGACAGCUCUGCAUUAGUGGGAAAAUGUGGGACCCUGUGCAAGAGUGUGUCAGGCUGUCCCUAUUUGGUGCAUAUUAGGGAAAAACUUGCCCAAUUCUUCUUAGGAGAUCUUCAGCUGUUGCUUCACCUUGUUGUUUUGGUCUAAGAUUUGUCUUUAGAGGUUCCCGGUUUCAAGUUCCUGGUGCCGGUUUCAAGUUCAGGACAGCAAGUCUAUGGAUUCGUUUAGUGAGGUUACUCACAGCUAGCAGAUACUAAAAUAAUUAACACACGGGUUCUUUUAUGUAACUGUGGAACUCCUGCAGCUACAGUUAUUCAUAAAUGACUUGAGGGCUCUAAAGGUGGUAUAAGGAAUUUAUAAUCUAAAGACCUUUGCAGGUAAAUGAUGCUAAACUUUUGUGAGGAAGUAGACUUUCAAACACACACACACAUACACACACACACACACACACACACACACACACACGGAUACUGCACUGACUCUGGAGAAGGCAUAAAUUACCAGUGACAUGGAGAAUGCAUCAUACUCAUAACUGAGCAUUAGUCAAGCAAGUAGGAAUCUAUUUGUGGGUGUGCAAUAGCUUCAGUCGUGUCUGGAGCAUCGUUCUCUAACAUCCACCUGUCUAUGUGAGGCUUGUUGCCAUAGUGGUGGCCUGGCUUACCUUCUGAAAAUUUCAUUCCAAUGUAUUUUUGGUCAUUGAGGCUCAAAGUCUGAAUUUCCCCAUGUUUUGAAAUAAAAAUAGAGUACCUUCGAAA